UCUGUCACACACACACACACACACACACACACACAAACACACACACACUCUUCUCUUAAGGGAAGAAGAGCUCUGUGUUCUCUUUAAAUCCCUCAGGUCCUACAUUUUAUUGCUCUAACAGUCUGCCUCCCUGAGGUUCCUGCCCAGACCAGCUAUUUCCUUCGGUAGAGAAGCUGUUGGUUCACUCUCGCCUGGCUUGGAAGCGUCUGGGGGGCAGGUCUCACAGCCCCAUCUCUCGCCCCCACCUCCUCUCCCCGGUCCUGGCGGGCGGGCGACAAGGCAGACAAAGGUCCGUUUGUAACCUCCUUCCAGCACCUCCUCUCUUCUCCUUUUGCCCAAACUCACCCAGCGAGUUGGAGCAUUUCAGAAGAUUCCUCUGUCAAGAAGACCAAAGGAAAGGAGAAGAAAAAGGGGCCAAAAGCCAAAAUGAAAUUUAUAGUACUUGCUGUCACCGUUGGACUAACUUUGCUGCUAGGAGUCCAAGCCAUGCCUGCAAAUCGCCUCUCUUGCUACAGAAAGAUACUGAAAGAUCGCGACUGUCACAAUCUUCCAGAAGGAGUAGCUGACCUGACAAAGAUUGAUGUAAACGUCCAGGAUCACUUCUGGGAUGGGAAGGGAUGUGAGAUGAUCUGUUACUGCAACUUCAGUGAAUUGCUCUGCUGCCCAAAAGAUGUCUUCUUUGGACCAAAGAUCUCUUUCGUGAUUCCUUGCAACAAUCACUGAGAAUCAUCCUGUAUUCCAGACAACACCAUUCUUAAUUCCCCACAAACCACACUACAACAGUGUAGCUGUAUUUCUGGUUUCUAUGCAGUGCAAUAAAGCACAGAUUCUAUAAAUUCUUACUUGCCUAAGUAAACUUGUGUUAAAUUAGCAGUAAUAAAAAUUCCAUUUAAUUUUUCUCUGUGGAAACUGUUUAAAAUUUUUGACUAGAAAAUUUUCAUCUACAAGGUGUUCACUGUGCUCAGUAAAAGAAUUCUGUCCCUCAGAGGAAGAGCCAUAACCCUGGCUCAAAGAUGGAGAAUAUUUUCAGUUCUUGACAGUUCUGUUCUUGACAGAUCAUGUAUACUUAAUGAAAAGAACCAGAGAUAAAUUGAGGUUCUUGGAAGGGAAACCAGAAGUUUUCUAGUAAGAGGGGGAAAGGGAGCCAAUAUUUGAAUAUAUAUUAUGUAUGCCAA